CGUGAAUUUAGGCCGCAGCUGGAAGGAAACGCCGGCAGUUAACGCAGCUCCUCUUCUCUUCAACGUUUCUUUUUAACAUCUGGGAGGAUCGAUGACGUCGAAGGGGAGAAUCCAGAGCAAAAGCACCCGGAUAAAACACCACAACAACACAGCUUGUGACACAGCUGUAACUCUAAUAAUUGAACAAAGUGAGCCCGCCGAACUGCAUGCUGGGUACAGCUCGCCUGUCACUCCCCGGAAAAGAGCGACACGGAGCGAGAGACCAGAGACGCAGCAACACAACCGCUGCCCAAGAGAGGAGCUGUGUCUGUUUGGAGGGUUUUUGGUUUUGGAAAAUCCCACGAUGCCGCAGGACACCGGGCUGAAGCAGUGCCGGCUGGCCCAGGAUCAGCUGGAGGACGCCAUCAAUGGCGUGAUGAAGGCUGAGCAGCAGCUAAGAGAGAACUCCAGAGAGGUGCGGUUGGAGCUCCAGAGCAGUGUGAGUCGUCAGCAGGAGGCCCUUCGCUGUCGAGAGGUUUGGCUGCUGGGUCAGAUCGAGCUGCUGGAACAAGUCAAGACGGAGACUCUGCAGCAGCAGCUGCACCGGCUGCACUGGCUCAGAGGACAGUUCGAUGUGAUCGUCCAUCAGCUGCAGAGCUCCAACAGCAGCAACGACCUGAACAACCAGCUGACCAGCUGCCUGGAGAAGUUGUCCUCUCUGAGUCUGACACCUGAGGAAACCCCUGAGAUGAGUUUCCAUGCCGACACUCGCUCACUGAGGCAGGCCAUCACUUCCUUCGGCCGCAUCACCGCUCAGCUGGUGGAGGGAGUGUCCUCUCAGAGCUGUCCCAUUGCCACCAAGAAACAGAAGACAGAGGCUCUGAGCGACUGGCUGAUGGGAGCGCUUCCUUCAAGCAAAUCUCCUAUUGGUUACCAGUCCAGCAACAACCCUCAGGAUUGGCUAAUGGAGGAGAGCAAGACUUCCUGUCCCGUCCUGGCCUCUGUGGACUCCCUACAGGCCUGGGGUCACCUCAUGGACCUGGAGGCGUGGCUCCUUCGAGACCACCCUCCCGUCGGCAGGCAGCGGACCAAUAGCAGCUGCAGCUCCACUUUCUCCAUCGAGAAGAUUGAUGAAUCAGAGUUUACCGUCAGUCCUGAGGAGGAGGAGGAGGAGGAGGGAAAGGAGGAGCCUAGCGACUGGCUCAUCACUCCGCCCACUGUUGCAGUGGAGACCAUGUCAGACGCAGAGCGCUGGAAAGAGGUUUUGAAGCCGUUUGACGACGGCUGGUCUUCAAGCGACUGGCUGAUGGGACCAAGCCGCCCCGCCGCUGACUGCUCUUCAUGCUGCCAGACCACCAAGGCCUUGGAGAUCGAGAACCUGGGUCAGCUUAAGUGCCUGAAGACCCCGCCCACCUCGCCUGCAGCCCCCGAGGCACCGGCCCUGGAGGCGUGGCUUCAGCAGGUGGCGCCUCUGCAGCAGACGUGCAGGGCGAAUGAGGUCUGCGCCUCCUUCUCCGAUUGCGUCUGUGAGGAGAACUGUGGGAGAGAAGCUCUGAGCCUCUGGCUGCUCAAACAGGAUGGGAGAGACAAGAACGGGGUCCCUGUAACCCCGCCCCCCGUCGCUGGAGCUCCACCUAUUGCAAAGAAUGCCCCGCCCACCCUACAUCACAGAGAGCAGGAACAGAAGGUUCAGGCCAUCCUGGAGGCCUGGCUCCACCCCACCAACCCCCCCCUGUCUGCCCGGGUUGCUCUUGAGGAGGAGAAGGCCAGCAGGGAGGACCACAGCUCCGGGUUCUCGUCUCCCUUCCUUUGCCCUCUGGAUCCAGGUCUCUGGGUGAUCCCGGGGUCAGGAGGUCAGCCCCAACCAGCGGCAGAGGACAAGUGGCUGCAAAAGAAGAGGAGUCAGGCUCAGGAGCGCCUGGCGAUGCCCUCCGUCUGUGACCUGUUCUCCUGCAUGAAAGUGGGCGGGGACAAAGAGAAGUGGCUGCACAAAGCUGCUGAACAGAUGUGAUGAUGAUGAUGAGGCUUCUUACUCAGCACAUGACUACGAGGGGAAACCAUUGCUGUGAUGGCAUCACAAUGAGCUCUCCUCCAAUCAGCAUCAACAACCCGCUGAUCAAUACACGUCUUGGGAAACCUUGCAUUUCCAAACUUUUAUUUUCUCCUCCAAAUAAUUCAGUGAGAGUCCAGGUGUAUCUUCAUCAAAGCUUCUAAUCUAUUGAUCUUUGAUUCAUUUAUGACUGACUAUUCAUCUAUUAAUUAUCGAAAGAUUUCUGCUCUAAGCUCUUUUGAUUUGUAUGUUUCUUAUUGAUUACCUGCUGCGACAGAUUUUAAGUUUCUUUUAUCCUUAAAAAAUGUUGAUCAGUUGACAUUUAAUCAAUAAUGAUGACAGGUCUCCCGAUACAUGUUCUCAUCUGCUCCUGAUUGGAUGGAGUGGGGCCUGCGAUUUAACCGAAGCCUUCUCUUGUUUCCUGUGACGCUGCCUCUUUUCUUACUGAAUGUUUCACAAAUAGCUUCACAGGUGGGAUGUGAAUAACUUUGCGUCUUUUCUAUCGAUUUGAUUCUCAAUAGAUACAUUAUUAUUUCAGUUUUAAAAUGUGUAAAGGAAUCGUCUUAGCGUUUUUAAUCAGGAUGCUCUGCCCUAAGUUGAGGUCUUGCAAGCAGACAUGGCGUCUUGUACCAUGUCAACACCAACUACCGGACUCAAGUGAACAUGUAACCCAGAAUGCAUCUGAGCUGAGCAUGCCGCCAUCUGUGAGGUCACAUGACUGAGGUGAUUGGUGCUUUUUAUUGGAGCUCGUAGGUCUGGAGCUUAUUAGAGGGGCUGAUAUAUAUAUAGCAAUGUAUAUUCUUUACAAUAAUAAACCUGAUGACAUAA